UACUAUAAACUAUUUUUGUCAAUCAUUCAUAGAACCAUAUGCUCCAAAAUUUUAUUCAAAUUGGCGUCGUAUACAUUUGAUAAAAUGCUAUUAAAAGAUUAUGUACACACAAUACCCUCACAAAAGAGGGACAGAAUUACCAAUUUGAAAGCUGAAUUUUUUAAAUUACACUCAUAUUAUCCAGAAUUUUAUGUAAGAACUCCAGGAAGAGUUAAUUUGAUUGGGGAGCACAUCGAUUAUAGUGGAUAUGGUGUAUUACCAAUGGCAAUUGACAAAGAUAUAAUUGUUGCUGUGGCUAAAAGAAUAGAUAAUGUAUUAAAUUUAGGCAAUAUAGAUUCACAAACAUAUGCAUCUAUAGUUAUAAAACUAGAUCCAGGAUGUUUUACAGUUUUAGAUAAUACUAAUUCCAUGCAACUAAAAACAAGAAAUAUUAUUGAUCAAAUAAAAAUUGAUUCAGAUUCUCCUAAAUGGCAUGAUUAUUUUUUAGCAGGCUUCAAGGGGGCUCUUGAUAAAGUUUUAAAAAUUAAAGAUGGCUUAUCACCUAUAGGGCUGAGUAUAUUAAUAUCCUCUAAUCUACCCGCCUGUUCCGGCCUUUCCAGUUCAAGUGCCCUUGUUUGCGCCGCGACUCUUUCCACUCUAUUUGCUCACGGAUUUUGCCUUGAUAGACUGGAAAUGGCGGAAUUGUGUGCUUUGAACGAAAGAUACAUAGGAACGGUCGGCGGGGGCAUGGACCAAGCCAUAUGCUUUUUAUCCAAAGAAAAUCAAGCCACAUUGAUAGAAUUUGACCCUGUUCGGACUCGACCAGUCAAGCUACCUCUCAAUUAUUCCUUCGUGAUUUCGAAUAGUUUAGUGCACAUGGACAAAGGCAAUACGCCGCAUUACAAUAUACGAGUGAGUGAAUGCAGAAUAGGAGCUCAGAUCGUUUACCACCAGUUGAAAGACGGUGACGCCGAUUGGCGAAGCAUAAAAAAUAUACAUCACUUCCAGGAGUUAUUGGGAAUCACCGACUUGAAGGAAUUGGCUCGCAUUUUCUCCGAACACUUGAGUCCGAAACCUUAUAACGAGAAGGAGAUUUGCCAACUGUUGGGCCUUCAAAACCGGCAUGAUUUCAUGCAAUAUUGCUUGAAAGGGAAAUUUUUGCCAGACACGGGACUUUUUAAAGUGCUAGACCGAUGCCUCCACGUUUGCAACGAGGCCCAGAGAGUGUUAGAUUUUGAAGCACUUUGCUCGGAUUCACUCGAGACCGAAUCAAGGAAUGUAGAAAUGUUGGGAGAAAAGGAGAAGGCUUCGAAACUGGGGGAGCUCAUGAAUGCCAGUCACGAGAGUUGCAAAGAGCUGUUCGAAUGCAGUCACCCUUUGCUAGAUCGAUUAGUCGAUGUUUGUAGAGAGAAAGGAGCUUUGGGGAGCAGGCUGACUGGGGCUGGUUGGGGAGGCUGCUGCGUUAGUCUUAUCGAAAAGAAAAACGUCGAAAAUUUUAUUAAAGAUGUCGCUGAAUCUUUUUACUAUAAGUUGGAAGGACAAAAUUCCGAAACGAAGAUGGAUUUAGAAAACGUUAUUUUCGGAACAGAGCCCAGUUACGGCGCUUGCAUAUACUUGAAUUUAUAAUUUAAAAGAAUUAUAAUGAUUUUUUGAAUAUGUUUUGUAUAUUUUGUUAAAAAGUAUUUUCUACCAAAAAAUAUUAUAUAAAUGUGAUUUUAUAAUAUGUAUAGUGAAAUCUUGUCAGAAGCAUACAUCAAUUUUUUUAUUAUAAAUUUUUUUUUGAAAUCAUUUUUUGCUAUCUAUACAUAAGUUGUUUAAUCAAUGUUAAUUUUUAAUUUAAAAAAAUUAUUUCAAAGGGCCAAAAACUUACACGUUUUUAUAGUUGCAGCUUAAUAGAAUUUAGACUGGAUUUCACUGUAUGUAGUAUUUUAGACCAAAUUUGUUAAAAUAUAUGCUAAGAUUUAUAUAUAAAAUUAUAUUAUUUACUGGGUUUCACGCAAUACAUCUACAUUUAAAUUCUCCACACCCCCAAUUAAACAUAUAUUAUGCUUUAAAAAAUAUUCCAAAUAUUGAUUCCUACCCACUAGUAUAAUGUGACCAAAAUAUUUUAAUAUUUUUAUUAUUUAUAUUUAAAUUUAUAAUAUAUUUUGUUAGGAGUAAUAAAACUUAUUUGUAAUAAGUGUAAGAAAUCUACCAAUAAAUAGCCAUUUUAAAUUGUA